GCCUUGGGGCUUAAAGACGGUCUGUUACGGCAGGCCUUGGGGCUUAUAGACGGUCUGUUACGGCAGGCCUUGGGGCUUAUAGACGGUCUGUUACGGCAGGCCUUGGGGCUUAUAGACGGUCUGUUACGACAGGCCUUGGGGCUUAUAGACGGUCUGUUACGGCAGGCCUUGGGGCUUAUAGACGGUCUGUUACGGCAGGCCUUGGGGCUUAUAGACGGUCUGUUACGGCAGGCCUUGGGGCUUAUAGACGGUCCGUUACGGCAGGCCUUGGGGCUUAUAGACGGUCCGUUACGGCAGGCCUUGGGGCUUAUAGACGGUCUGUUACGGCAGGCCUUGGGGCUUAUAGACGGUCUGUUACGGCAGGCCUUGGGGCUUAUAGACGGUCUGUUACGGCAGGCCUUGGGGCUUAUAGACGGUCUGUUACGGCAGGUCUUGGGGCUUAUAGACGGUCCGUUACGGCAGGCCUUGGGGCUUAUAGACGGUCUGUUACGACAGGCCUUGGGGCUUAAAGACGGUCUGUUACGGCAGGCCUUGGGGCUUAUAGACGGUCUGUUACGGCAGGCCUUGGGGCUUAUAGACGGUCUGUUACGGCAGGCCUUGGGGCUUAAAGACGGUCUGUUACGGCAGGCCUUGGGGCUUAAAGACGGUCUGUUACGGCAGGCCUUGGGGCUUAUAGACGGUCUGUUACGGCAGGCCUUGGGGCUUAUAGACGGUCUGUUACGGCAGGCCUUGGGGCUUAUAGACGGUCUGUUACGACAGGCCUUGGGGCUUAUAGACGGUCUGUUACGGCAGGCCUUGGGGCUUAUAGACGGUCUGUUACGGCAGGCCUUGGGGCUUAUAGACGGUCUGUUACGGCAGGGCUUGGGGCUUAUAGACGGUCCGUUACGGCAGGCCUUGGGGCUUAUAGACGGUCCGUUACGGCAGGCCUUGGGGCUUAUAGACGGUCUGUUACGGCAGGCCUUGGGGCUUAUAGACGGUCUGUUACGGCAGGCCUUGGGGCUUAUAGACGGUCCGUUACGGCAGGCCUUGGGGCUUAUAGACGGUCUGUUACGGCAGGUCUUGGGGCUUAUAGACGGUCCGUUACGGCAGGCCUUGGGGCUUAUAGACGGUCCGUUACGACAGGCCUUGGGGCUUAAAGACGGUCUGUUACGGCAGGCCUUGGGGCUUAUAGACGGUCUGUUACGGCAGGCCUUGGGGCUUAUAGACGGUCUGUUACGGCAGGUCUUGGGGCUUAUAGACGGUCUGUUACGGCAGGCCUUGGGGCUUAAAGGCGGUCCGUUACGGCAGGCCUUGGGGCUAAUAGACGGUCUGUUACAGCAGGCCUUGGGGCUUAUAGACGGUCUGUUACGGCAGGCCUUGGGGCUUAUAGACGGUCUGUUACGGCAGGCCUUGGGGCUUAUAGACGGUCUGUUACGGCAGGCCUUGGGGCUUAAAGACGGUCUGUUACAGCAGGCCUUGGGGCUUAAAGACGGUCUGUUACGGCAGGCCUUGGGGCUUAAAGACGGUCUGUUACAGCAGGCCUUGGGGCUUAAAGACGGUCUGUUACGGCAGGCAUUGGGGCUUAAAGACGGUCUGUUACGGCAGGCCUUGGGGAUAAUAGACGGUCUGUUACGGCAGGCCUUGGGGCUUAAAGACAGUCUGUUACAGCAGGCCUUGGGGCUUAUAGACGGUCUGUUACGGCAGGCCUUGGGGCUUAAAGACGGUCUGUUACGGCAGGCCUUGGGGCUUAUAGACGGUCUGUUACAGCAGGCCUUGGGGCUUAUAGAGGGUCUGUUACGGCAGGCCUUGGGGCUUAUAGACGGUCUGUUACGGCAGGCCUUGGGGCUUAAAGACGGUCUGUUACGGCAGGCCUUGGGGCUUAAAGACAGUCUGUUACAGCAGGCCUUGGGGCUUAUAGACGGUCUGUUACAGCAGGCCUUGGGGCUUAAAGACAGUCUGUUACAGCAGGCCUUGGGGCUUAUAGACGGUCUGUUACGGCAGGCCUUGGGGCUUAAAGACGGUCUGUUACGGCAGGCCUUGGGGCUUAAAGACAGUCUGUUACAGCAGGCCUUGGGGCUUAUAGACGGUCUGUUACAGCAGGCCUUGGGGCUUAAAGACAGUCUGUUACAGCAGGCCUUGGGGCUUAUAGACGGUCUGUUACAGCAGGCCUUGGGGCUUAAAGACAGUCUGUUACGGCAGGCCUUGGGGCUUAUAGACGGUCUGUUACGGCAGGCCUUGGGGCUUAUAGACGGUCUGUUACGACAGGCCUUGGGGCUUAUAGACGGUCUGUUACGACAGGCCUUGGGGCUUAAAGACGGUCUGUUACGGCAGGCCUUGGGGCUUAUAGACGGUCUGUUACGGCAGGCCUUGGGGCUUAUAGACGGUCCGUUACGGCAGGCCUUGGGGCUUAAAGACGGUCCGUUACGGCAGGCCUUGGGGCUUAUAGACGGUCUGUUACAGCAGGCCUUGGGGCUUAUAGACGGUCUGUUACGGCAGGCCUUGGGGCUUAUAGACGGUCUGUUACGGCAGGUCUUGGGGCUUAUAGACGGUCCGUUACGGCAGGCCUUGGGGCUUAAAGACAGUCUGUUACAGCAGGCCUUGGGGCUUAUAGACGGUCUGUUACGGCAGGCCUUGACUUCAUCUGGGCCCUAA